GCGCGCGCGGCCGCGUUUGAAUGGCCCUGUGUGGGGUUCGGCCCGGGAUCUCGGGGACGCCCUAGCUGCCGGGCGCAGUUCGUCACCGGCAGCGCUGGGCUGAGGCGCCGCGGUACCAUGAGGCGCCGGUAUCUAAGAGAUUAUGGCAUCUAAAACUCACAAUGUUAAAAAACGGAACUUUCAUAAUAAUAUUGAGGAUCAUUCCAUUGAUCUUCCUAGAAAAAGAACCUCUAAUUUCACUAAUAAGAACAUGAAGGAGGUUAAGAAAUCUCCAAAACAGUUGGCUGCUUACAUAAAUAGAACAGUUGGACAAGCUGUGAAAAGCCCAGAUAAACUACAUAAGGUGAUCUAUCGCAGAAAGAAAGUUCAUCCUUUUCCAAAUCCUUGUUACAGAAAAAAGCAGUCCCCUACAAGUGGGGACUGUGACAUGGCAAAUAAAGAAAAUGAACUGGCUUGUGCAGGCCAUCUGCCUGAGAAAUUACGCCCUGAUAGUCGAACAUACUUGGUUAACUCCAGUGAUUCUAGUUCUUCACAAACAGAAAACCCAUCAUCAAAAUAUAGUACCUUUUUUUCUGAGGUUUCUCAUGACCAUGAAACAAUGGCACAAGUUUUGUUCAGCAGGAAUUUGAGAUUGAAUGUGGCUUUAACUUUCUGGAGAAAGAGAAGUAUAAGUGAACUCGUAGCUUAUUUGGUGAGGAUAGAAGACCUGGGUGUUGUGGUGGAUUGCCUGCCUGUACUUACUAAUAGUUUACAGGAAGAAAAACAAUACGUCUCACUUGGCUGCUGUGUGGAUUUGUUGCCUCUAGUAAAGUCACUACUUAAAAGCAAAUUUGAAGAAUAUGUAAUAGUUGGUUUAAACUGGCUUCAAGCAGUCAUAAAAAGGUGGUGGUCAGAACUGUCAUCCAAAACAGAAAUUAUAAAUGAUGGAAAUAUUCAGAUUUUAAAACAACAAUUAAGUGGAUUGUGGGAACAAGAAAACCAUCUUACUUUGGUUCCAGGAUAUACUGGUAAUAUAGCUAAGGAUGUAGAUGCUUAUUUAUUACAGUUGCAUUGAGAAACUCUGCUAGAGAGCAUUUUGUUAUUUAAAACAUCCCUGGACUAUAUGAUUUCCAUUAAGAAUGUACCAUCUGAGAACCAAACUGAGGAAGAAAUUAAACCAUUUUUUUCUUUAAGAAGCUACAUAAUGAAACCACUAAUGGAAGCCUAAUCAUCUACUUCACAUUGAAGUGGAAAAAUACCUGAAAGGAGCAGCUUCAGCUUCAAUGAGGUGAAAGUGCACUAUGAAGAUUGUUCGCCUUCGCUGCAUUUGGGAUUUACAUGGUUUUUGGUAGCAUUGUUUAAGAACUACUGGGUCUUAUUGCAAUCCUGCAUAAGAAUAUAAUUUAUACUGUGUGAGAAAAUAAGACAGGACUUAUUUCUAGGAACCACAAAGUCAUCUUUUAAAGAUUGUGUUUUAUAAAACACUUAAAUGUGUGCAGCUAUUUUCUUAUGUUGGAAGGACUUUGAAAGUUAAAAACAUCAUAGCAAGUAAUCAAUACUAAAAAUGUUUUGUCCACACUGAGAUACUGUGUAUACAAAAUGCCUUAAUUAUUAAUAAGCCAAUGUGUAUGAUACCGAUACCUGUUUUUAAAAAAUUAAAACCAAACCAAACAUGUUUCUGGCAUGAUAAAAUCAUGGAAUUAAAUCAGGGGUUUCCAUUUACAUAGAAUGUUAAAACUAUUCCACAUCAUUUUUAAAGCUUGACACUAUUUUAGAAUCUCUGAUUUUUUUUUUUGCCAGAAUUAUGUAUGUAUGUGUUAUUCCUAUGUAAAAGAAAAAGGUGAAUAUGUAUUUGUAUGAAUGCUUAUUAACUGGAUAUGUCUGUGGAAUUAGCUAAUUUAUAUUCACUUUUCAUUGUAUAUGAAUUUCUAAUAUCAGUUCUGUAUCAUUUAAACCCCUUUCAUUUUGAGUAAAUUCACUAAAUAUUUCUA